AUGUCUGAUAGUAAAGAAGAGUUGAAAAGUCCUCAAAAAAGUGGAGCCUAUGUUCCACCUGCUAAACUGAAGGAGAUACAGGGCAAUGCCCAAUUUGCUGAGGGCUCCGAGGAUUAUCAAAAGUUACAAUGGGAAACGCUUAAGAAGUCGAUCAAUGGACUUGUAAACAGGGUUACUAAGGAAAACCUCAAAGAUGUGGUUAUCAAUCUUUUCAAAUUGGAUAUAGUGCGCGGUAAAGGCUUGCUCGUCAAGAGCUUGAUGAAAUCCCAGAGGGUGUCAGAGGAUUAUAGUUCUGUCUACGCCAGUUUAGUAAGCGUUAUCAACUCCAAAAUUCCGGAGAUUGGAAAGUUGCUUAUCACGAGGCUUGUUUUGCAGUUCAAGAAAGAUUACAAGAUAGAUAACAAGCAGGCUUGUACUGCUGACCUUUCUUUCAUUUCUCAAUUGACGAACUUCCAGGUAUCACACGAAAUACUAGUACUACAGAUUCUUUAUGAGUUGUUGGAGAAGCCAAUCAAUGAUUCGGUGGAACUGGCUGUGGAACUGAUGAUGCAGUGUGGCCAUCAUCUUCAUAUGCAUUCUAAAGUGGCAUGUAAUGCUAUCUUUGAGAGAUUACGUGCUAUUAGGACGGAGAGCUUGAUGAGUAGUCGUGUUCAAUACAUUCUAGACAAAUUGUUCGAGCUGCGGCGUAAAGGAUUGGAAGACGAAGGCCAAGUAGAUGAUGAUUUGGAUAUUACGGAGGAGGAAGAUAAGAUAACUCACUCGAUUGGUUUGAGUGAUGAGUUAAAUGGUGAAUGGAUGUUGGAUGAUUUCCGUUGUGAUGAAGAUUAUGAUGAAAACGAGAAGAAGUAUGAAAAACUAAGGAAAGAGAUAUUAGGCGAAAGUGUUGACGAUGAAGGUGAGCACGAGUCUGCUGAGGGUUCUGAGGAAUCAUCAGAGGAGGAGUUUUCAGAUUCUAGUGAUGAAGAUAAUGAUGGCGACGAUGUGUCCCACAAUAAUGACAAUGAAGUGAAGGAAGAGAUUAAGGACUUAACUGAGCAGGAGCUAACGAAUUUUCAAAAAAGUGUUUAUUUGAAUGUCAUGGGCAGCAUGGGACCCGAGGAAGCUGUUCAUAAGUUACUGAAGUUAGAUGCAAUUGACCAUACGAAGCAUGAAUAUAUGGUGGUUGAUAUGUUAGUGAAGUGCUGUGCUCAAGAAAAGUCAUAUUCAAAAUUCUAUGGGUUGAUUGGUGAAGGACUAAUUCUUGUUGGUAGAAAAUGGGAGGAUGCCUUCAACUUGGUCUUUGAGGAAAAUUGGGACGCUUGUCACAGAUAUGAAACUUCACUUCUUAGAAACAUUGGUACUUUCUGGGGACAUAUGCUUUCAUCUGAUAAAAUGGGAUGGGAGGUUUUAAGAAUUAUUAAGUUGACGCAAGAGGAUACCAGUUCUGCACAGCGUAUUCUAUUGAAGUUUGUAUUUUUAAGAAUACGCUCAGAACUUGGGGUUAAUGAACUUUUGACCAGACUAAAUGAACCAUACAUUAAAUCCUUCAUUCAAGGUCUAUUUCCAGAGACUAGUGCAGAGCAUAUUAGGUUCUCCAUUAACUACUUUACCGCUAUUGGCUUAGGAAGGUUGACUGAAGAUAUGAGAGAAACAUUGAAGAACCUUCCAGAUUCGGAUGGAGAAAGUGGAAGGUCAAGCAGUCGGUCUUCCAGUUAUUCUUCUGGAAAAUCAUCGAGAUCCUCAUCGAGGUCUUUGUCCAGAUCCUCAUCCAGAUCGCCCUCUCGAUCACCUUCUCGGUCUUCUACUAGAGCACCGUUCACUGAUCAACCUCCUCACUCUCGUAAGAAGCCCCGAUGGACCUCUUCUUCACGCGCCCCAGGAAGCAGGGAUUAUGGUACCAAUGCCAAUGCGAUUCCGCUUGGACCUAAACGAGGAUAA